AUGGCAGAGCCCUCGGUCUCAGUACCCACUGCAAAAAUGGCGUCACUUAGCCGGGUUCGAGCCCUGACUUUAAUUUUUUUAACUGUCAGCGGAUACUUAAUUGCCCCGACAAGUGGUAAGGAGGGGAGCGAGGAGACGGUCAUCAUUGGACUACGGCUGGAGGACACGGACGACAUUUCUUUCAUGGAUAAGGGCUUUCUGCGGGUCAGUGAGAGAUCUCGGGUGAAACUGAGGAUCUACGGCCAAAACAUAAACAACGAGACGUGGUCCAAAAUUGCCUUCACGGAACACGAGCGGUCCAGAGUCAUCGGGAACAUCGAUAGCUCCACUGGGGACAACAAGAGCCAAGAGGAGACGUCAGGAUUGCAUCCCUGUGGGAUCAGGACUUCGGAUAUAAUUAUUCUGCCCAACAUAAUCUUGAAUCGUAAGACUUCGGGGAUUGUUGAAAUUGAGGUCAAACCCUUGCGAAAGACGGAGAGGAGUAAAUCGUACUACCUGUGCAUUGCCACUUCAGCACCUGCUGUUGCCGGAGCGCACGAUCCGUGGACGGAAAACACUUGGAUCUAUCACGAUGGGGACGACACGAGAGUGAUAGUGGUAGAGGAGAGAAAGUUCUUGCUUCCUUUUUGGCUGCAGGUGAUAUUCAUUUCCAUGCUGCUUUGCCUCUCCGGGAUGUUCAGCGGUUUGAAUCUCGGACUUAUGGCACUGGACCCCAUGGAGCUUCAGAUUGUUCAGAACUGUGGAACGGAACGAGAGAAGAACUUCGCCAAAAAAAUCGAGCCGGUUAGAAGCCAGGGGAACUACUUGCUUUGCUCUCUUCUGUUGGGGAAUGUCCUGGUGAAUACCACAUUGACGAUUUUGUUGGAUGAUAUUGCGGGGAACGGGUUGAUAGCGGUCGUGAUGUCCACCAUUGGUAUUGUCAUAUUCGGCGAGAUUGUGCCUCAAGCUAUAUGCUCCAGACACGGUCUCGCUGUUGGUGCUAACACAAUAUUGCUAACCAAAUUUUUCAUGCUUCUGACGUUCCCGGCAUCGUAUCCAGUGAGCAAAUUGUUAGAUUACCUGCUGGGACAGGAGAUAGGCACUGUGUACAACCGAGAGAAACUCCUGGAGAUGCUGAGAGUGACGGAUCCGUACAACGACCUGGUGAAAGAGGAGUUGAACAUCAUCCAGGGCGCGCUGGAGCUGAGGACUAAGACCGUGGAGGAUGUGAUGACACCGCUGCGUGAUUGCUUCAUGAUCCCGGGCGAUGCCAUCCUCGACUUCAACACUAUGUCCGAAGUCAUGGAAAGCGGCUACACGCGUAUCCCAGUAUUCGAGGGGGAGCGGUCCAAUAUCGUGGACCUGCUCUUCGUGAAGGAUCUGGCGUUUGUGGACCCUGACGACUGCACGCCGCUGAAAACCAUCACUAAGUUUUACAGUCACCAAUUGCAUUUUGUCUUUAACGACACAAAGUUGGACGCUAUGCUGGAGGAGUUCAAAAAAGGUAAAUCCCACCUGGCCAUCGUCCAGCGAGUGAACAACGAAGGGGAGGGGGACCCGUUCUAUGAAGUGUUGGGCAUUGUCACCCUGGAGGAUGUCAUCGAAGAAAUCAUCAAGUCCGAGAUAUUGGACGAAACAGAUUUGUACACUGACAACAAAACAAAAAAGAAAAUUACCCAUCGGGAAAGGAAGCAAGAUUUCUCGGCCUUCAAGCACACCGACAAUGAAAUGAAGGUUAAAAUAUCACCUCAGCUUCUACUGGCUACUCUGCGUUUCCUAGCAACAGAGGUGGAACCCUUCGGCCCGGCGCAGAUGUCGGAGAAGAUCCUGCUCCGGCUCCUGAAGCACCCGAACGUCAUCCAGGAGCUCAAGUACAACGAGAAGAACAAGCGGGCCCCGGAGCACCAGCUCUUCCACCGCAACAAGCCCGUCGACUACUUUAUCCUCAUCCUGCAGGGGAAAGUCGAAGUGGAGGCUGGCAAAGAGGGGAUGAAGUUCGAGGCCGGCGCUUUUUCCUCCUACGGAUUGAUGGCUCUCACAGCCAAUCCAGUUCCCCUCUCACUGUCUCGCUCCUUAAUGGUCAGUAGAGCAGACUCCCUAGCUGGAUCUCCAGAGAAUAAGUCUCCUCCACGACCGUUUGCCUUAAACCACUCCGACUCCCUGAAUCGCAACGAGCGGAUCGACACCAUCACACCCACACUGGGCAGUGGCAACAACCAGCUCAAUGCCUUCCUGCAGAUCUAUGUGCCCGACUACUCCGUGCAAGCUGUCACGGACAUACAGUACAUCAAGGUGACUCGGCAGCAGUACCAGAACGCUCUGAUGGCCUCGCGCAUGGACAAGACGCCCCACUCGUCGAGCACCGAGGGCGAGUACACGCGCAUCGAACUGACUCUCAACGAGCUGCAGGACGGCCCGCUGGUGGCCGACGAGACCGCCUCGCUGCUGCAGCACCAGCACAAGCCCAAUCACACGGCCCACAGCGAAGGGCCCAUAUAA